AGGAUUGGACUAAACUGAGACCUUUUGUAUUAUUUUUAAAUGGAGACCCACCACCGCUUUGUCCUCCUGAAGCAAAUCGACGACAUCGUCAAGGAGGUCAACCCGAGAGAGAUCGCCAGUUCGCUGGCCAACGACCAACAACGUGAAAAACGGGUUCUUCCAAUCCUUUUGCUGAAGGACGUUGCCCGGCAACCGUCUCCCGGGAAGCAAGCGUAUCGUUUGAUUGAGCUGCUGGUUUCGUGCGGGCCGAGGGCGUUUGACGCGCUGUGCGAAGCGCUGGAAACUCAUCGACACGAUGAAUUACUUCAAACGAUCCGUCGGGCAGAGAAGGACACCAGAGUCACAGAUCCUGCUGUCCUGCAGCAACUCCGAAAAGUGACGACCAAGUUCCCAACUCCUGAGUCCUACGUCGAUGUUUGCCGUAACAGUGCCGAAGCUUUCACUAGCGACGUUUGGGUGGAACAUCUUCUCCCGCUACUCAAGCCUCCCAUCGACCCUACAGACUCUAUACGACAGCGCGUACUCGACGGCCCUACGCGCCAAGAUAAGGCCGAGGUGCUCUUUGAUUGGCUGAUUCGAAAAGUUGACAAGCAUGGUCAUCGGGCAUUCUUCGCGCUCCUAGACGCAGUGAAGCGUACCUAUCCCCAUGUAGCAGAGGAGAUCUGGAACCACCUACAAACGAUCGCAGUCACCAAGGAGCCUUCACAAAUGGCAUCAAAAACAGCCGGUGGGAAGAGCACGAGGCUGACGAACGGAGCAAAAGGGCGAAUAACCAACAAGGGAAAACCCGGGGAUUCCUUGUCUAACGGUAAGCUGUUUAGUGGAGACGAUUCCAAAGGUUCUCUUGAAGGAGACAUGGACUACCAUUCCCAGCUUGACCACGCAGUUGGGGUGAUCGGCGAAGCAAAUGCAAAGAUCAGGAGGACAGAAGAUCGCGUAGCAGCCUUGGAAAAUGAGAGGACCGAUUUGGAAAACAAACUGCGAAUUGCUCUCAGGGAAUCGUACAGUCUUAGAACAGAACUUGAAAAUCUCAAAAAAGAAAAACAAGAGAAGAACUUGAAGGAGGCCGAGCUGAGAAGGUCACGAGAACGUAAGCUAAAGGAACUCCAGGAAGAGCUGGAGACCAAAGAGUCUAUGAUGGCGAACAGGGAGAUCGAGCUGAGGAGAAGAGAGCUGGAACUUGACCAGAGGGUGAGUAAAGUCAGGAGGCAGCAGGCCGACGUGGAGAGACAGCUUCUAGAUGUCCUGGACAAGGAUAAGUCGUUUGAAGGGAGAGUUCGCGCACAGGGAAAAAAGGACGAGGAGUUGAAACGUCGCGAUCGAGCUCUGACCGUCCGUGAAUCUGUCAUUGCAGAUAAAGAAGAUCUUUUGACGAGAAAUCUCGAAGAACUCAAGAACAAGGAAACUAACGUUGUAAAGGCCAUGAAUGAGCUGGAGAAGAAGCGACAAAAUCUGAACGGUGUCAAGAGAAAGAACGAAGAGGUGGCCAUAAAGCUUGCAGAGAAGAAGAAUGAGAUCGAUGUCAAAGAAAAGGAAGUAGGCAUUACCCUGAUGGCUCUAAGGAAGGAUGAGGCAGAGCUGUUGAGGAAGGAAGAACAGUUGGAGGACAUGGAGGAAGAGAUUGCACAGAGACAGGUAGAACUUGAUGAGAAAGAACGGGGACUGAGUCAAAGAAGUCGCGAGACAGGUGAAUUCGAGAAAGAAAAGAAACAGUUCUAUUCUGACAAGAAAAAAUGGAACGCUGAAGCUGCAAAGAUUAGGAAUGAUCUUGAAAGGGAGCGGAAAAGUCUGAGAGAACGUGACAUGGAUCUCAAAACAAAAGAGCGUGAAUUGCAAAUCAAAGACAAGGAAUGGCAUGCAGUGAAGGAUGCUCUUGACAAACAUUUGCAAGAUCAAAACAAGAUUGAGCGCUCUAUAAAAGCUAUAGAGAUGGAACAACGUCGAAUCGAACUGGCACAAAGCUUGCGCGAGACUGAAAUGGAACAAAAGCAAAAACGAGAGAAAAUGAUCUCUUCGAUUACGUCUAAGGAAGAUGAACUUUUGGCAAAAAUCAGCGACCUGCACAGGAAAGAACAACACAUAAGAGAGCGAGAGGAACAACUGAAGGAAGACGAAGAACGUGAAUUUCAACUUAGGUUUCAGGGCGACAAUCAGCUAAGAGACAGUGGUGAUCAUGAGAUGGUUUUAGAAGAUGUCUCAGAGAUGCAUACACCGUCUGUGAGAGGAAGGCAUUAUACACAAUCUAUAGAUCACGGCUCUAGCCCAGAAAGUGGCUUCUCCGAAAGUCAUGCAGCAGAGUACCGAAUUCUCCAAAAAGGUGUCACCGGCAGUCAGCAUCGUAACCAGAUCUUCACAAUCAAAACAGGUAACGUCAAAAAUAUUGGUGAAAUGAAAAACAUCAUCUACAGAAGAGAGGGAAUACCUAUUGACUGGCAACAGUUUUAUUUCAACGGUAAACUCUUGCCAGAUACGUCAUUGCUCCCAGCACCCGAAACCCUGGCAAGUGGGGUCAUGGACUUACGAUUGGCUAUUCCAAAUGGGACAAUUACUCUCGCCAUCAGAAUGAACAGCACCGUCGUGAAGAAAAUUGAGUUCAGGGAAGACGAGACCAUAGCAGCUGCAAAAACGCGAAUAUAUAAGUCAGAAGGGAUCCCUCCACACCAGCAGACUCUCUAUUACGGCGACUUAGAGCUGCAGAAUAAAUACCGUCUCAGCGAAUACGUUAUCAAUCCAAAAAACGAAAUCUUGGAACUCUUGCUGAGGUUACGUUACAAUGUAGUCGUGGCCCUCUUUCACAAUCGUCUUAUUGGCCUUACCGUGGAAGACCUUGAUACGGUUGCUUCGGUGAAAGGUCGGAUCUGGAAAGAAACCCGUAUCCAUGUUAACUAUCAAGUCUUGACUUACGGAUCAACAACCAUGGCUGACCAGCGAACCAUUGGUUAUUAUCGAGUCACCGAAGGCUCGAGAAUCUUUGUUUCCUUCGUCCUACCUGUCGUAGUCGAGCCAACCAAAGAGGCCUUCACUCUUUCCCUCGACCCUCUUGCCUACUGCGUAAAGAUCAAGGAACAGAUUUGCAAGUUCCGUAGUUUCCAGGUCCACCUUCAAAAGCUUGUGCAUCAAGUGCAGGAUGGGAAAGACGGUUCGAUUUGGCGACUCCUGGACGACAACAAGCCCAUUAUAGACGAGCUCAGUCUCGGUGAACCAGUCCAUCUCUACCAUGGAACCAUCUUGAUCCUGGACGGAAACGGGAAUGUGUUGGUGUAUGACGUCGAGCUCUGGCAUUCUGUCAAGGUUGUCAAGGACAUCAUCCGGAAGAAGAUGGAGAAGAAGAAUAAGCAUAUCCACACGAGGCACAUACAUCUCAUGCAUGGAGACCAGGAGCUCAAAACGGUAACCAGGGCCAUCAAGUCAUUCGGAGUCAAAAGAUCUGAUGUCCUUGUUGUGAGAACAGACCCAACAACCUUUCACCUUGACAAUGUCUCUGCAUUUCAAAAAUAAUUGUCUUUCAAUGUUGGACAUUAUUUUUAGCUUUUGCAGUGCUUAACCGGGCUAUGAUGAGAUAAUCAAGAUUUUUUUUUAUUCUUGACAUUAAUCUUGAUGUACGCUUUCAGCAAUUCUAAUGCUAAAAUUAUAAAAAUGCAAGAUACCUCACGAUACUAUUGAAGGAUGAUAAAAAUUAAAGGGCAGUGAGAAGGAAUUUAAAAGAAAGGUCUUUCAAUAUUGGUUUAGUCGAGUUCUUAACACAAAAACAAGCCUCAUAUUUCAAACCUAAGGAAAAAUAUAUUUUAUACAGAACAUAAUUAUACUGAACCAGCCAUUUCAAGGAACGAUCGCCAAAUUGAAGA